AUGAUGCCGAGCAAAACGCCGCGCAAAGGCGCGCCGCGCAACCCCGCGCCCCCAGGUAGGUCGCCGGACGGGCCCCAGACGACGCCGUCCCGGUGCGGCGCCUCGUCUGCGCGCCGCCGCCUCGGGCACAGGCUUCCCGCCGGGAGCCCGUCCAGGCACCGGAUCAGUUUUGCCGUCUUCUUGAGGUGAGCGGCGAUCGAUCGUCUGGAGGCGCCUCUGUAGUGGAUCGCAGAGUCCUAAGGGACCCCCGAGCCCACGUAGUCCAUCCCACCCGACGCCACCCACCCAGUGGCGUAGCGUGGGUUGUCAGCACCCGGGGCAAGGCAAGUAAUUUGCGCCCCCUAACCCGUGGAUUUGCGCCCCCUAACCCUAACCCCUGGAUGUUGCGCCCGGUGCGGCCGUCCCCCCUGCACCCCCCCCCCACGCUACGCCACUGCACCCACCCUUGAUUUCCGAGCCCGGGCUUGCCCGUUGCACAGUCUUUUUGGGCAGUGGUCUUUUCAGUCCUGGGUCUCAACUCAAAGACCCACCCUAAAUGCACCUCUUCUCUCCCAUCUCUCCCAUUUUCCAUGCCCCUGACGGCAAAGCUGCAACCCCACUUAGGUCAAGGUCGUGACCCCCUUUGUUUUUAUGGUUCAUGACUUGCCAUGAAGAUCAACGCUUAAGUUGUCAAGUGGCCCAGUUGUUGUUGUUUAGUCGUUUAGUCGUGUCUGACUCUUCGUGACCCCAUGGACCAGAGCACACCAGGCACUCCUGUCUUCCACUGCCUCCCGCAGUUUGGUCAGACUCAUGUUUGUAGCUUCGAGAACACUGUCCAACCAUCUCGUCCUCUGUUGUCCCCUUCUCCUUGUGCCCUCCAUCUUUCCCAACAUCAGGGUCUUUUCCAGGGAGUCUUCUCUUCUCAUGAGGUGGCCAAAGUAUUGGAGCCCCAGCUUCAGGAUCUGUCCUUCCAGUGAGCACUCAGGGCUGAUUUCCUUAAGAAUGGAUCGGUUUGAUCUUCUUGCAGUCCAUGGGACUCAAGAGUUUCCUCCAGCACCAUAAUUCAAAAAAGUUGCCUGGUACAAAUGUCAAAAACAGUCAGAAUUCCUUAGGCAGGUCAGUGAUAGAAGUGCAUGAUCUGUGUGGCUCCUCCCCCCCCCCCCUUGUAUUUGCAACAAUCACUUGCCCCGAUCCAACAGUCCUCUGAAGCACUGCCUUGACUCUGCCUGUCCAGGCAUUGCCAUUCACUUCCACGACCACAAAGCAGCCUUCUGAUGCCCUCCCAGCGCCUUGAACUACAACUCCCACCAGCCCCAGCAUCCACAACCAACGGUCAGAGCUUAUGAAAGCAGUUGGGGAAGGGCUGCAAAGGGAAGCUGAUCCCACCAGAAGCUUCGCAUGACCGUAGGGAUCUGCCCUAUAGCUGGGGGUUUGCCCAUUUUCCCACUAUCUUCUGUCAAGGAUCUCAGGCAGAGAUAGGUCUUCCUCAUCACCCGAAAUCCUUUUAACUGGAGAGGCCAGAGAUUAAACAGGGAGUGUCUGCUUACAAUGCAGAUGCGCUGCCAUAGCUCUGUUGUUUACAGGUGCUCUGAUUCCCUGAAUAAUUUGAAUAUCCACGAAGUCAAAGGGUGAUGGUGCUCUGUCCUGCCUCCAACUUCUAUCCCCCUGUGUUGUUUAAAAAGGGGGGGAUCUCUGUUAAAAAUAGGGGAAGGGGCUGGGCUGUCGUUUUGAUAUUCAGAUUUGCAAUUCUCUGUAGUCAGCAUUGCAAAAAUGCCUGAAGUACGGUCCUAUUUACCAGCUCUGCAUUCUUAAGCACACCAUGGCCAAACAAACACUUGUCGGUAUUCUGAGUCGGAAGCAUCCUCAGUUUUCCCCGCUACUUUCAUUGAUGGGAGCAACUGAAUGUUCACUUCCCAUCGCGUUGCAGUGAAGUGAAUGGAGGAUCCAGCAUGUGCAGGAGUAUACAAACUGUGGAGGCAUCCCUGGUUUGGGUCAAAAUCUCUUGUUUUAUGGGUUAUGACAUAUAAUUUAAAACGGCAUCAGGCUUAUAAUGCUAGAAGACUUUGAUGAACAGCUUCGAAGUUGUUGUUUCCUUACAGUCGAGCUCUAAAUAAAUUUUAUUAAAUGAGUAAAUGAUUAGCCGAAGUCAGUGCCGGAGACUAACAACGUGCUCGUACUUUUUGCAGACUCGGAGGCGGUACGGGAAUGUGCUUUGCAGCUACGCAGGAUGGGGGACAAAUGGAAUCUCCGCCAGAAGAUCCUCAACCUGAUUUCAAAGCUUUUCUGCCCCGAAACGUGAGAGCGCUUUGAGGGAAAGGAAAGGAAAUGGAGGAAGAGAAAUGAAAGAAAAUUUCAGAAGACCCGACCUUUACGUGUGUGGAGUCGUGAAAAGAGACUUUCGUAAGACAGAGGAGAUGAAACGUUUCCUGUGCAUUUCUGCAGCCAGUUUCCUGUGGAGAAAAAAGGCUCCUGUGAUAUGAUUUCUUCAGAAAACGUUUGUGAAAGUUUGCUUGAAAAAGGAAGGAACUGGAGAAGAGAGAACUGGAAUUUACUGUUUACCGGAGAUGUUGGACUGUGAAGGGCACUGGGAAAGGAAGGAAUCUGGGAGGGGUGCCCCAACCCAGAGUUCAACGUUCUGAUUUCCAUAGGUCUCGAAUUCAUUCACUCAGCUGUUAUACUGUUUUGAAAAUUUAUGGGAUUUCAUGCAUACCAACGGGCAACAUUCCACCACCGCUCCGCUCUAAACUCUGGACAGUGCAAAUCAGUUUAUCAGCUCUUUGCAAUUCCCAUUUCCUAGGAAUUGGAAUCCCAGCCUAAACUAAACUAGGGAAAGGAGUAUUUUGCUUGUGUGUUUGUUACAGCGAAAUGAAUGUAAGCUGUUACAUAGAAUCAUAGAAACGUAUAGUUCAGCUAUGUAAUACAUUAUGUUCAUUUUUUAGAAAAUGUAUUACACUACAAUGCUAUCAAUUUGCAACGCUAAAUCAAGUAGAUCUGCAGUGCCAAUGUACCAAUAUUAGUCCUACAGGUAGGACAUUGUAUGAUUACUUAUUUUUGUUGCGACUAUAAUGGGUUACUUUUGGGUUAUCAGCUAGAACCAAAUGUUUCAGAAGAAUGUUUGAAAGCACGCCAGGAGGCUGUUUAACAGCAUCCUUUCAAUAGAAGUUACAGUAUUCUUAAGAUGAGUUGUACAGCUUUAGCUAGCAGUUAACAGAAUACAAUUUCCCAUUUAUAACAAAUGUGACAAAUUCCCUUACAGUGUUAGGCUUAAACGGAGGAAGCUGUAGAAAGAAAGGAGCAAGUGAAGAGUUACAUUUCAGAGGAAAAAUAUGACUACUUUUUCUUUUACGCUAAGAAAACCAACCAUAUUAUUCAAAAUGUGUCAGGAAGAUGAAAUGUUACAGCUGCUUUUCAAAUGGGGGAGAGCUAACAAAGAGAGCUUUAACCCAAUCUAGAGAUGGAGGCGAUAUCAGGUGUGCCAGCAGGGAUUCCCUUCAUACUCAGAGUUUCCCAUUCAUUACAGUGGGAGAAUUUGAUUUGUGCGUUCAGAAAAAUCCUAGCUAGCAGCAUGAAAAUGAACCCAAAAGGUUUUUAAGUCUGAAUGUGCUGCAGAUCUCCCCCGGUUUGGAGAUCUGACAUUAAACAAACCGCAGGAUUACGUCUCCAACGUUUUUAUUUCACGUUCCACCUGGCAGGUUAACAAAAUGCACUUGAGCCCUGGUUAAAAGGCACAUUACAACUAUGGCUCAGGUACAAUACAUUUCUAGCAUCCUCCUGCCAAAACAAGUGCACAUUCUUCAGUAAUUUCAAUAAGACACUAUAUUUCAAAGCCAGGAUCCUCCUCACCCCCGUCAGACUGCCUUCCAUAAAAGUGUAAACAGCUAAAAUAGUUGACCUCAAUGAAAAGCUGGCAAAUCUUUUUCUGUGAGUGAAGUGUCAUUUCAACAAAUUUUGAUUUUCUAAGAUUGCUUUCAUCUAGCACAUGUUGCCAGAUUCUGGCUGAGUUAAGUGUUCAGGAAAACAAAUAACUGUGGAAGUAUGAAGUGUCAUUUCAAACCUAUGGUAGAAGACUUUAUUUAUAAUGUGUGUUGUUGUUUUUUGCAAAGGUGAAUCCCUCUCCCCUUUGUAUAAUGUUUUGAUGCUGGUGUAUUUGCGAGCUAUAUGUGUUUAUGUCCGAAAGAUUGUUUACAGCAAAAUAGCUUGUUCGAAGUGUUUAAGGGUCGUAUUCGCAAACAACCUGGUUCAUGCGUCUCACUUCUUUGCAAACAAGUUUCAUCCGUUGCCUUCCACAAUGGGCUGCCCAGGCUUCUUGUUUUCAUUUCUACAAAUAUUUGUGCUGACAUCUUGCUGUGUGUGUUGUUGUUUUUUUUGUAAAAAAAAUAAAUUAAUGCUUUGGAAUAUAAUUUCUGUGGAAUUUUAAUACAUAUACAUUAUGUCUCUUUUGCAGUUGACAAUAAAGCUGUAACAGCUAUAUUAUUAUUAUCUGUCUUGUUAUUAUUAUUUGCCCUCCCACGUAUAUGUCCCAACGUGGUGUACAAAAUAUAAUUAAUAACAGCUUUAAAACUGCAGUUAAAAAUAGGACAAAAAUAUCAGGAGAUGCAUUUAAAACAUUGUAAAGUAGACAAGCCGAUAGAUAAUUUUAAGGAGGGUAAAAGCAAAUUGCCAAUAUUCCAUCACAAUUUAGGGCAGAGCGGGCUGGAAUAGGAGGAGGGAAUUGAAGCUCUGGGUCUUUUUUAUUUUUAGAGCUGGAGCAACAGUGCCAUCUUCCAGAUCCUCCUUGAUAGACCCACCUUGCUCUGGCAAGUGAAUGAGGUGAUGACAAGGCUUUCAAGUUUUACUAUGAUAAUAAUAAUAAUUGAUUUAUUACAGUCAAAGACCAGCUCACAUAACAUAACAAGAAAAACAGCAUUCAUAAAGAGAAAAUAUACAAUCGGAGCAGAUUGCAGCAAUAGCUCAUGAGUUAAAAUUGAAAUAUAUACAUACACCCGCACAACUGAGAUUUGGGCUACCAUAAAACAUUGACCCUGAGGCGCCCCAAAGGGCAACUUCAGCAUUUCCCUAGUAAGCUAUUUUAUACCAGAGGAUGAUCUGUGCCUACAAAUUUGGGCGCAAAAUCUCGCUACCAGCCAGGUGGUCUUAUGAUCUUUGCCUAAGAGGAGAGAAUUAAGUUUAGAAGUUUUACUAUGGUUUGUUUCAGAAACAAACCAAAGUAAGUUCCGUCAUAUUGGUAAUUUUAGACUUUGAACUAACUGGUUUUACUUGGGAUGGCCUCUUUGGAUAGUAAUGUGUAUUCACCUACUACAAAUUGUUUUUCUGGGGUAGGUAAAGGUAAAGGGACCCCUGACCAUUAGGUACAGUCGUGACCGACUCUGGGGUUGCGGCGCUCAUCUCGCUUUACUGGCCAAGGGAGCCGAAGUACAGCUUCCGGGUCAUGUGGCCAGCAUGACUAAGCCACUUCUGGCGAACCAGAGCAAUGCACGGAAACACCGUUUACCUUCCCGCCGGAGUUGUACCUAUUUAUUUACUUGCACUUUGACGUGCUUUCGAACUGCUAGCUUGGCGGGAGCAGGGACCGAGCAACAGGAGCUCACCCUGCCGCGGGGAUUCGAACCGCCGACCUUCUGAUCGGCAAGUCCUAGGCACUGUGGUUUAACCCACAGCGCCACCCAUUUUCUGGGGUAGGAGGCCCCUUUAAAUGGCUAUGAGUAUUCCCUUCAAAAUGUAGCAAGGCAGCCCUGUUGCCUUGAGGGGAGGGAAAGGUUUCUGCUCAUUCUGCCAAGUGGGGCCCUGGACCUCCACCCUAAAGUCUUGGCUCAAGUGCACCACUGCCCUCUUCUGUAAAGUACUAUGCAGAAUGAUAUGGCCAUAAUGUCAGUCAAUCAACUGGAUUGGCAUGCCAUCUUUGUAACUAGGACUAGUAGAGAUGGAGGCAAAUUCUGACUCGGCCAGAAUCUUGGCUUUCUAUUGAAGCUGACUGGCUUCAGGAACUUAUCCGAGAUUCCUGGCUGCAGCGUAGAAACAGCAUACUGAACAAAAUCUUGGUGCAUGUGCAGAGAAGCUUUCAGAUUUCAUUCCUGAUUCCAUCAAACUCCUUGCCUUUUUGACAAUUAGUUGCAAUGCAAAGAGGUGGGGGAAGCCACACAAUCCAUUGUGGGUUUUACUCCUGGAUCUCUCAGCAACCCUAAAGCUUAAGGUGUGACUCAUGCCUCCUUCAGUCUUCAAGAAGAAGGUCAUUGACCUCAGCAGUGACUAUUCAGCAGGCAGUGUAGUCUGGAAUUACCAGUUUCCUUGUACAAGGUAAAGUUGUGCCUGAGUCGGCUUCACCUGUUUCUUUGGCACACCUGCAUGUUUGUCAUCACCCUGCCGAAGACCUUUCCACUGUGCUCCGGGGCGGAUGCAAUCGUGUUGUUUAUCAGAGACCAUUUUAUCUAUCAAGACGGGUGAAAAUAGGAGGGUAGAUGUUGUUAAGGUUGCCUACUGCAAACCACACCCUUUUCCAGGUAAUGCAAAUGUCUCCUAAUGCUAUAACAAGCCAAGGGACCCAAUUCAAGGUGCUCACAUUAGGGUUUAAAGCCCUUAAUGACUCAGUCCCCAAAUAUCUGAGAGGCCACUUCCUUAGGCUCUCUUGGGCAGUGGCGUAUCGUGGGUUGCCAGUGCCCAGGGCAAGGAAAGUAUUGCACCCCCUAACUGGUGCCUCCAUGCAGCGCUGCCACCACUGGACAGAGCUAUAGAGCAAUGGCGGGAGAUGCACACACACUUUCUUGGGCUGGGGCACCGCCACAAGUCUCACCAUCCACCCACCUCCCCCAGCGGUAGGGGAUGCUGUGCACCUGUCCAUCACCUGAUGUCACAGAGCAUCAAAUUCAGAAAAGGUAAAGCCAUGGCUGUAAAGGAAUGAUCAGGAGAGCACAUUAAGCCUUGGGAAAAGCUUGAAUUCAGGGCCAUUUAAGUUCCACAACUUAUUCAGUUGCACUUCUUAUAGCAGGGACUGAAUACAAUUGGGAGCAAUCAAGAGUUCCUGGGUGUAUAUUAUACAGGGUUGUUUUGUAGGAGGGUUGUGAAUUUUUUGCCUAAGUCUAGCAAACUGUACGUAGUUGGACCACUGUUUCCCCUCUUGCCAAGCAGGGAAUCCUACUGCUUUGUAAAUCCAAGCCUCCAUCUUCUCAACAGGCUAGUGGCUUGCAUGUCAAGCUGGAGAAAAACAAUUCGUCACUCAGCACUUAACUUUCAAUCUGCGCAGCUCCCUGAAGCAAACACCUGACCAGGAAGCAGGACUCCAUUUUCCCGCCAGCUAAAAAUAUCUGGCUGCUUUAGGAACCUUUGGACUUUAUGAGCAAGCUUGUGCCUGGCACAGCUCAGGCGCAAGCACUUAAUUUGCCCAGCCCUUACAGGCAGAGAAGUGGCACAUUGCUCCUUUAAAGGGAAAACAGCUUUGGGAAUUCCCUGGCUCCCCACAAAGGCAAAACAAUCAGGAUGAUCCAGGCAGCACAGAGACCUUUUUUGAAACUCCAUUCAUUUGAUGGGGAGAGUUAAGCCAUGUUUGCUGAUGGUUAAAGUUCUCCCAUAGAAAUAAACAGGACUCACUGUAGAAUCCUAUACAUGGGACGUGGGUGGCGCUGUGGUCUAAACCACUGAGCCUCUUGAGCAUGCCGAUCAGAAGGUCGGAGGUUCGAAUCCCCACGACACAGUGAGCUCCUCUUGCUCUGUCCCAGCUCCUGCCAACCCAGCAGUUCAAAAGCACACCAGUGCAAGUAGAUAAAUAGGUACUGCUGUGGUGGGAAGGUAAACGACAUAUCAGUGCGCACUAGCUUCCGUCACAGUGUUCCGUUGUGCCAGAAGCAGUUUAGUCAUGCUGAUCACAUGAACCAGAAAGCUGUCUGUGGACAAACGCUGGUUUCCUCAGCCUGAAAGCAAAAUGAGCACCACAACCCCCUAGUCGCCUUUGACUGGACUUAACCGUCCAGGGGUCCUUUACCUUUUACCUUUUAAAGAAUCCUAUGCAUGUUUACAGAGAGAAAGAUUCCACAGUGGGGUGUAAGGACACAUUGUGCUCCUUCUGGGGUAGUUUGUCAACCUUUGGUCCCCACCCUGAACACAGCUCUCACUCAGCUGUGACUCCUAGAAGCUGUCAGCAUGCGAUAGCGGCCACAUCCCAGGAAUGGCCAGCUAAACCAGGUGAGGGUAGCUGAUGGGUGUCAAACUCUCAGUGACUUAGGGAAUUCACCUGCAUGUGAAGACAGGCUCCAGGAGAUUGAGUGGACAAGACUACUAGUGGGUCCAACCAUCCAGAAGGCGGUUUCUGCCCGUGCUGUAGAGGGAAGUGAGGGGCAAAUGGGGCUCAUCAACCUAGAAAAGGGGCCCAUCUAAAAGAAGGAAAACUCUGGUGCUAAACCGCUGCUGCCUUGAGGGAUAUCUUUGGGAGGAGAAAAGACGAUGGAGGAAACCCUACACAAAUCCCGAGUGAAGUCCCUAAGAGGGUUGGAUGGUGCCUUGUACGCCUCCUUUCAGCAACUCCUGCAGCCAAGCUGGUGCCAAACGUAUUGCUGUGCUUUCCUUUGGACCACAUCAGCGAGGCUGAGAUGUGGGUCUUGUAAUCUGGGCAGCACAGGACCUCCGUACACACUGCCCAGGCUGAGGAGUGCGGCUAACACAGCAGUUUAACUUCACAUCUAGAGGCACACUCCAGUGUCUCUCAAGACAGACAGAUGCAAACAACAGAUCCUGUCAUGUUCAGUUGAGUUCAUUUCCAGUAAAUUGUGUACAGACAUGCAACUGUGUUUAGAUCGUGCGCCUCUGCCCUGAAUAUACCUAACCCGUAUUUUUGUCAAGUCAGUGGCAACACGGUUAGAACUGGCCAAAUGCUUGAGAUCUAGGCAGUCUUGCCUAGAUUUUUAACUCCUCAAUUGUUGAAUUUAUAUCCAUAUUAGAACACGAAGUGGUAUUACUUGGCGGAUCCAGCAAAUUCUCCAUUUAGGCACUAAGCCUGUGUAACUUCAGAGGAUCCAGACAUAUAAAUUGGAGAUGCAGUUUCAUGUUCUUCCACUACAGAUUAUGCCCUGGGACCAUUUCUAAAAAAUGUUUCCAAAAUACUAUUUGGUGAAGGAUCAGAUCUUAAAACUAAAUGUUUUAAGCCAAGCACCUACGUUUAGAAAGACUCUUUUGGAGAGGACAAGAUGGUAGGAAUCCCACUGACCCUAACAUAGAUUUUAGCAAACUGUGUUCUUGAUGUGAUUCAUGUUAACAAGAACAAACAUUCCUAUUUAGUACCAGCCUUGCCUCAUUUCAGAUGUUCUCCAUAUGCUAAUCGGCGUGAUGCUUCAACCUGGUUGGUGCUCUCCUGGUCCUUGCAGCCAAUAGGACUGGCAGUUCCAAAACACAGGUUGCUUCCUCCUAUCUGGUUUCUGUUAGUCCAAGCAGCCAAUAGGAACUGGCGAGGGACUGUUGUGGUUUUUGCUACACUGGAGUCUUGCAACACAUAUGGUAAAGUCUGCCUCUUUCUGUAUGGGGAGUGGCUAUAAUGAUUUACAUGUGUAGCAGGCAGGGUGAGGCAAAAGGGUAAUUGUGUCCGAAGUCAGAAUACACUGAAGAGAAGUUAAAACUGACAGUUUGAGCUUGUAUCGGAUUUGUGAUAGUGAAAGUUUGUUGCGGGAAAGGGUUGGGAAAUUACCAGUGUAACUUCCGUCUAAAUAACUGCUUGGGCUAGAUGGUAAGACCACAUGAUUAAACUGUUCCUGGAUUGUACCACUUCAAGCAUCAGGUGAUAACUACCGUAUUUUUCGCUCUAUAAGACGCACCAGACCACAAGACGCACCUAGUUUUUGAAGGAGGAAAACAAGAAAAAAAAAUAUUCUGAAUCUCAGAAGCCAGAACAGCAAGAGGGAUCGCUGCGCAGUGAAAGCAGCAAUCCCUCUUGCUGUUCUGGCUUCUGGGAUAACUGCACAGCCUGCAUUCGCUCCAUAAGACGCACACACAUUUCCCCUUACUUUUUAGGAGGGAAAAAGUGAGUCUUAUAGAGCAAAAAAUACGGUAUAUGACAGAAUGAGCCUCUGUGUGAAAGGAUGGGCUGCAGGAGAAAACACAGGGUGGGGCGCAAGACAAGGAGGUAUGUAGAUGUUGGACUUUUUGGAGCUGGCUGACCUGACUGGAAGAAUCCGCAACCAGAAAGAAGAGGUGAUACAAGAGGAUUGGAAGAAAUUUAAAGAAUAUUUAGCUAAACAUUGUGAUAUAAGAUAAAUAGAAAAUUCUUGGAAAUAAUAAAUAGGCUUACGGGUAGAAUAAGAAUAUGUUAUAGUAAAUAUUAAGGAUUAAAAUAUUAAUAAAGGAGAAGAGUUAGUAAAUGAAAGGAGUCAAUAUUAUCAGAAAUAUGAAUUUGGAGAUUGUUAUAUAGGUGAUGGGGACGCGGGUGGCGCUGUGGGUAAAACCUCAGCGCCUAGGACUUGCCGAUCGCAUGGUCGGCGGUUCGAAUCCCGGCGACAGGGUGAGCUCCCGUCGCUCGGUCCCAGCUCCUGCCCACCUAGCAGUUCGAAAGCACCCUUAAGUGCAAGUAGAUAAAUAGGUACCGCUUUAUAGCGGGAAGGUAAACGGCGUUUCCGUGUGCUGCGCUGGUGCUGGCUCGCCAGAGCAGCUUCGUCACGCUGGCCACGUGACCCGGAAGUGUCUGCGGACAGCGCUGGCUCCCGGCCUCUAGAGUGAGAUGAGCGCACAACCCUAGAGUCUGUCAAGACUGGCCCGUACGGGCAGGGGUACCUUUACCUUUUACCUUUAUAUAGGUGAUAUAAUGAAAUUCAGUUAGAGGGGAAUUGAGGAAGUCAGUUAUCAAUGUAAUGAGAAUUAGGUAUUUGAAGAAAUAAUUUUUCUUUGUGUCUAGUUUAUUGUAGUGUAAUGUGUUUUUCUUUGUUGUGUGUUUUGUUAUGUUAUUUUUGUGAUAAAUGUGGAAAAUCAAUAAUUUUUUGGGGGGGGGGGAGAAAAGAAAGGGAGGUCUGUAGCACUGCUUGGCAUACAGAAGGCCCUGGGUUCAAUUCCUAACACCACUUCCAAGUAGGGCUGGGAAUGCGACUUGUCCCAAACCCUGCAAAUCUGCUGCCAGCCAGUGUAGACAAUACUGAAUGAGAUGGACCAAUCAUAGCCUCAUAGAAUUGUAGUGUUGGAAGGGAUCUCAAAGAUCAUCUAGUCCAACCCCCUGCAAUGCAGGAAUCUCUACGAUCUGUGUCAUGACAGUUGCAACGGCGGAACAAGCCGAUUGGGCACCUGGGGCGGCACAUGUGCCCUGCGCCCAGGGGUGGGGCCAGCCGUCUGUCGGGCGGGGCCAGUCCAGACAGGACACUCCGCGGGGCCUCCGAGGAGUCUGCCUGCCUUCUCUCACUCAGCUGCCCUACAGCUGAGGGGGAGGUGGCAGGCAGACCGUUUGGGGCAGUGCGCACGAGCCUGCGGGCGCCCAGGCCACCGUGUCACUCCCAAGAGAGACGCGUGGCUCGUGUGCGCUGCAAGCCCCAUGGUGAUUGCUGACUGGCAUUUUGUCACGCCCUCAGUGGUGACACCCGGGGCGACCCACCACAACCCCCUUCCUUCACCCCUGGACAGAUGACCAGCCAACCUCAAGGAAGGAGUAUCCACUCACUACCUCCUGAGGGAGACUGCUCCGCUGUUCCUGUCAGAAAGUUCUUCUUGAUGUUUAGUCAGACAGAAUCUCACUUCUUGUAACUUGAAGCUAUUGGUUCGAGUCCUACCCUCCGGAGCAGGAGAAAAUAUGCUUGUUCCCUCUUCCAUGUGAGAGCCCUUGAGAUAUAUGAAGAUGGCUAUCAUAUCUCCUCUGAGUCUCCUUUUUUCCAGGCUAAACCUACCCAGCUCCUUCAACUAUUCCUCAUAAGGCUUGGUUCCCAGAUCCUUGAUCAUCUUAGUACCCUCCUCUGCACAUGUUCCAGCCUGUCAAUAUCCUCCUUAAAUUGUGGCUCCCAGAGCCAGACACAAUACCCCUAACCUAUGCAUCCUUGAUCUGGACACUAUACUUCUGUUGAUGCAGCCUAGAAUAGCAUUAGCCUUUUUUGCUGCUGCAUCACACUGUUCUCUCAUGUUAAGCUUUAGGUCUACUAAGACCACAAGAUCCUUUUCACAUGUAUUACUAGCAAGCCAGGUGUCCCCCAUAUUAUAUUUGUGCAGUUGGUUCUUCCUGUCCAAGUGCAGAACCUGGCAUUUGUCCCUAUUGAAAUUAUUAUUUCUUUUUUCUUUUACUUUUGGCCCAGUUCUCCAAUCUGUUAAGGUCAUCUUGAAUCCUGAUUCUGUCUUCUAUGGUUUUAGCUAUAGUUCCUACGUUCUGUGUGCCUAAGGGGGGGGGGACCCAAACAAACCCCUCCAUAUAUAAAAGGUUAAAUAUCAGCCAUGGGUUCUAGCUGAGCUUUCCUUCUGAUAUAUGUUACCUCUGUGUAAGCAGGAUGGCAAAAAAAGGAGAACAAAGGCUCCGCAAAAGAGGACACAGAUUUGCAUAAAAACUGUUUGUGCAACUUAUCUGUAUAGAUGCUAGUUUAGAAAAAAAAAUUGUAAUUUAAAUAACAGUAAAGGGGAAAACUGUGACCAGGUGUCAGGCGUGGAGUAUCCUCUCCUCCCCCAGUAACCUCAGAGUAAAGAAGAAUGAACAGUUCAUAUUUUAUGGCUUUUUAUUCAGUCAUCUGGUUGCAAGACAAAAGAUCCAGGUCUCCAUGUGUAGGGGACAUUGGCUACUCUGAGUCUCUCCUCUUCCAUCUCCCACAACAUCCUGGAAACAUACAGGAAGUCACAGGAGUCACAUCCUCUGCUUUUGAAUGCGGAGGGACCUGCAAGGCCUGGGACUAGAAGGAUCUCCCAUAUUCUCCAGGGAGGUCUCUGCUGUCUGCUCUCUAACUUCCCCCUCCUCCUCCUCUACUAUCACGUAAUUAGGCAAUUCCUCAUUCAGCUGUACCUCAUCCCUGUUUCCCUCUCCUCCUGGAGACAGGGAGGGAGAAACUUCCCACUCCUCCUCUUCUGAGAUUAGCCGAUCAGAGCGAGGGCUCGUUUCCCAUUCCUCCUGUUCAGUCCAGUCGCUGGCACCAGGUAUCCUGUGUGCUUGCCCAGUUUCCUAUCCAAGUUGACAUGCAAUUCUCCCUAUAUUGUGAGAUACACACACACACACACACACACACACACACAGUCAUACCUCAGGUUGAAUGUGCUUCAGGUUGAGUGCUUUCGGGUUGCGCUCCGCGGCAAAUCAGAAGUAACAGAGCAUGUUACUUCCGGCUUUCACCGCUCGUGCAUGCGUAGACGCUCAAAAUGACGUCAAGCGCAUGUGCAGAAGUGGCAAAACGCGACCCAUGCAUGCGCAGACGCGCCGUCGCAUCUUACGUUCUAUUCAGGAUGCGAACGGGGCUCCGGAACGGAUCCCGUUUGCAUUCCGAGGUACCACUGUGUGUGUGUGUGUGUGUGUGUGUGUGUGUGUGUGUAUCAGACUUGGACAGGACAGAAGUCCAAAUGGAGAACACUUUCAAAUAGAGGACUGCGCUCUGACAGUGCAUCAAGUAAAGAUGUGUCUUCUUUAAAGUAGGACAUAUGGCUACUCUAGUGUAGAGAUGGGUUUUCCCUUGGGAGGGGCUUUCAAACAUGUACCACUGCGGGUCUGAAGUGGUACAGUCCAAGAAUACUUUUACCAUUCAUCCUUUAGACUGGGGCAGGGUAAAAGGCAGCUGAAUGUGGCAUCUCGUGAACAGAAUGAGUCAAAAGAACAGAACUUGACAGUUUCCUCUUCUUCCUUUCCUUAAAUGGAAAAGGAAACUGAAAUUAACACAACCACAAAUGACUUUUCAGCUGAUUCCAAGAAGAGAUGAGAGGGUGUGGUGGGCUGGGAAUCACAUUGUGACUUUUGAAAACACACAUGGAAACCUGUGUCUUUCUCAUAGGCUCAGAAACAACACUGAACCUGAACACAGAUUUGUAGAAAAAGAAGAAGAAAAAAGAUAGCGACUGUCAUUUUGGCUUUUUCUUAAGCAACCGGGCUAUUUUGUUUCAGCUCAGUCCAGAGCAUGAGAGAGAUACACACAACCAGAAAGAAUAGAAGCAAAAAUUGCCCCCAUAGCUGGAUUUAAGACUCCAAUAAGGAGCAGCAUCUUCCACCAAUAUAUCUAUGCCUUUGAACGGUAUCAAAUCCAAAAACAGCAACAUCUGCACUCCAGAUUUGCACAGCUGGAUGUACUCUUCUAAGCCAUCUGCAGAUGAUUGCAUUCUUCCUGUAAAAAUAGUACAAAAUCUUUGAAGCUCGUAGGUUUAGACAGAGACCCCCCUUUGAGUAGAAAUGAGCCCAAGCUAUGAGCAUGCAAUUGAUCCACAUUAUCCCAAGUCCUUUGUGGUUACCAGAAUCCUUGGGAAUAAAUAUGUUAAUAUAGGUUGUUCAGAUGGAGUAAUGCAUGAACAUCAUAUUGUAAUAACUACUCCAAUAUCUUUCUUAUUUCCUAUUAUGUGUGGGUUAGGUGGGUGUUGAAUGGAUGUUAAAUGGUCUAGAUUUUCUCAUUCUAUGUGUUUGAGUAUGUUCAUCAUUCUGGAUUAUUAUUCUGUGUUUCAUAUUCUCCACCAGAAAGAAAAACAGCAAGACAUUAAGAGUGAGAACCUAGCCUUUGCUCCUUCAGUGCUCACUUUCUAAAUGAAUGGAAUUUAUGCAGGUACUGCAUGGAACAUCUUUAUGGCCGUGGGAGUGAACAUUCUAUUUCACAACACGAGAAUACAAAAUAAGACAAAAACAAACCAAUAACGGCCCCUCCCACGAAACAUGGGUUGAACCUAACCAUAGUUAGUCUGGAGUUCAGACAAACUGAAUUGUGGUUAACCACAAGUGGAAGCUUCCCAUCUCGGUGUCUUGGCUGUGUAGGGAGCUAAGUUGGGGAGUAUGCGAGCCCAAGGCCUGUAGCGGUUCAGGCACGUCACACUAAACCAUGGUUUAUUUUGAUGAAUGAAUGUAGUCAUUGUCUGUUUACCUAACCUCAGUGAGAAAACAGUAAGCAAGGAGAAGGUGUCUCUGCUUGUCUUGUCCUCUCUCUUUUGGUACCUGCAUAGUUUGGCUUCAGAGGAAGACGGCAAGGGAAGGGAAAGGGGCAAAAUUGACCAAAUGGUGGUGGACUCAUUUGGGGGGGAACUCAGCACUGCCCUACACCAGAAGUCCCCACACCAGCCAAGGCCAGGUGAUGCCAUAUGGUUUGGUCCCUAGUGCGAAAGGCAAUUCAGACAAUUGGAUUGCAGGCUUGGCUGGUGAAGGAAAUAUGGCGAUGCCAAGAAGUAUUUCUCAAUCUGGCUCUCCUGAUGUUUUGGACUACAACUCCCAUCAUUCCUGACCAUUGGCCACGCUGACUAGAGUUGGUGGGGCCUGUAGCUGAAGAUAUCUGAACAGGGCUGGGAAUGGCUGACGUAAAAGCACGAAAGGAGCAUAUCCUCUGCCAUAAGUGGUAGAAAUGAUACAUGAAUGAGCAUAUGUCUGCAGGAUAAUUCAGACCAUAAAUUUCCUUGCCACUUAUCAGAAUAAGAUUGGGCACACAGACUAUUGUGAGGUACUUUGGUGUGACCUCGCAAUCUCUCCAGCCUAUAAUGCAAGCAACACAUUACAAACUUACAGCACAUUUUACAUCAACACAUAUAAAGAACAAAUACCUACAGAAAUAGUAAGCGUCAUGUUUAUUUUCAAAAAACCACUAAAAAAAUGGGGUGAGGGGGAAGAGAAGGAUUUGCUGAGAUGCCGAUUUACAUAAAGGGGGCAAAGCAAGUUUUGGAAAAUGUACUCUAUUUCCUAUUAUUGCACUUCUCUUAUUACAACAAGGCAUUUUAAAAAUGUUCGCAACAUGAAUGAUAUAUUUAUAUAAAUAAUGGUGCCAAUAUACAAUAUCAUACAAUCGUGUGUUACACUUAAAAAACACACAAACACACAAACACCCCACACAAAUGUAGAUAAAAAUUGUGGUCUCUUUCCCCCCCAGAAAACAGAUGAGGAGAUAAACCUGUGUCUAGAUGGGACUAUUUCAGAUCAUGGGUGGGUGGGGAAUCACACUGCCAAAUGCCUCAAAAGCCUCUGUAAGUAGAAAAAUAAGGUGUCAGGGAGAUGACUAGGCUAGCACACUUCUUGCUUGACAUCUACAUUUCUAUCUGCAGGGAAUAUUUUUGUAUGGAAGAGCGAUCAGUCAUACGACCUUCCCAGCUGCAGUCUAAAGCGGUAGAAUCCAGAAACAGGUUUGCUAUCUCAUUUGUUGCUUUGUGUGACCAGGCCUGUGAUUUUGGUUUCUUACAUCUUUCACCUUUAUUUUCAUGUACUGCACAAAUCAAUUUUGUUAUCUUUGUAAAAGAUGAAGAUUUGUAGCAUCUGAUUAAUUCUUUCCUUGCGAAACUGGUUCAUCAGAAGGCAGGUUUCUUAUGACAUGAAGAAUGUGUAUUCCACACAGCUUCUGAGAAAUAAUGAAAUACUCAUUUCAGCUUGCUUGAAUUGGGGGGGGGGGAGGGACAUCCAGAGAUUUUUACGAUCCAUCAAAAAGUAUUAUUAUGACAUCGAGUUAAAAGCUCAACAGUAACAAGUCAUUUAUAUCUAGAACAAGUUAAUGGAUCAGCAUAGAAAUUUAAUUAAUCAUAACUUUUAAAUCGCAGUCAGCAUUUUAUUACGUAAUCCUCUUGUUUAGUGUAGGCUUUUAUAUAACAGACAGGAAAUGCAAGAUGGUAUGUAAACAGUUUGACUAUUUUCUGAGUAAUGCUCUUGAAAUCGCUCAUACUCCCAAAGAAAUGUUUCCAAAAUUACAAGAUAUUAUGCCUCAAUUUCUGGAUGAACAUCAAAUUCCUGUUGGUGAAACCUCAUAUGUAACACCUUCCUAAUUUAAAUGCAUAUCGAUUAUGGAGGAGGUGUUUGAAUAAACCUUAAGGGCUGAGGUGGGGGAAAGUGACAAUUCUGAGAAGAAGCCCAUUGCAAUGGUUUAGCCGUUUGGAAAAUAUCAAUAGUGUAAAAUCUGUAUCUCCAGAACCCCCAGGUUCCAUCUCUUUGGCAUCUCCUCUGCUUCACAUGCAGACAUUGUCAAGGAAAUUGAAGGCAGGCACCUGAUUGGAGCAGAAAGUGGUGUCAAGAGAUUGGGGUUACUCAAUGGGGCCUGGGAGUGACAGGAAGAUGACAGAAGGGCAUAGGAGACUGAAGAGAGGCAAUAAGAAGAUCUGCAAUAUUUCUACAACAUCCUUGCUAAUGCAACUUGCUGCCUCUUUGCUAGUCAUCACAUAUGUACGCCAGACCAUAAUAAGGGACCAGAUCCCUGGUAUGCUUUCUAUAUAUAUAGGGAUGCUAACAAUGUUCACCAAGCAGUGUGUAAGAUUUACAACUUGCACAGAGCUCUCCCUGAGGCUGGCUUGGUUUCAUUUUGCUUCAAGGGGAAUGAAAUUAAGCUCUACUCAAAGUCUAUUUUCCGCCUCAAGAGUUGUAACGGAGAACACAUGCAAGACUCGAAUGCAUC